UGGCGGUGGUCGCCAUGCACUUCCCACCCAAACAGGAUGCUGGUCAACCGCGUGGUCCGCCGGGCGGCGCGCCGGUGUCUGAGCACCAAGCCGACGACGACGACGACGACUGCAACGACGCCGACGGUGCCCAAGCCCAUCACGAACGAUACCAUGGGCGACACGGCGACAACGCGUCUCUUCGGUUCCGACUGGGCCGACCGGCGCGGGCAGCGCGUCUCGUUCACGAUGAAGGUCUACUGGUCCAUCUUUGGCCUCUUCAUCUUGAACGGCGCCGUGACGCAGAUGACAGGGCGCGACGAGUUUCACUAUUACGAUUUGGUCAAGUCGACGCUCCGGAAUGCUGCAUUUGGCAAGCCCGCGGCUACAGAGCACGACAUGAUUGCAGCCGAAGAAGGCGCCGAGCCUACCGAGGGUGCGGCCGACGUCCCUGCACCGGUCGACGUCCCUGCACCGACCGCACCGCCAGCUAGCGCACCGGUUGUUGCCGUGGUGGCACCGGUGGCCAAGCCGUUGCCGACAUCAACGACGUCGGUGCUCUCGUCGUCGGGGUCGGCGCCGAUGGGGAUGCCCAUGGGCGUCAUUCCGUCCUUGCAACGGGCAGCGCCCGCGGUCGUCGUGGCGCCCACCGUCGCCGGCGUCCAGUGGCAAGAGGAGCUGGACAACCUCCGCGCGUACGAAGCGACGCUGCGAGCCAAGAACGCCCGCAAUUUGCGCGCGAUUGCGGCCGAGCUCCAAGAGAUUGCGAUGCUCAAGGGCGAGAUCAAGAAGCGACUCCGCUCGACCUAGUCGUUCAGUGAAUAGAAUGCAUCCCACUGUCUUGAGCUCCC